AUGAAGGACCCGGUCACGGCGCCCACGGGGAUCACCUACGACCGGGGCAGCCUCGAGGGGUGGCUCUCCCGCGGCCGCGCCACCUGCCCUGUCACCGACUCGGCGACCUGGCCCCCAACCACGCCACGCGCCAACCAGGCCGAGCGCGUGCCCACGCCAAAGGUGCCCGUCGCCGAUGCCGACGCCGACGCCGCGGAGGUGCUCACGGCUGUGUCCGCCGCCGCCAGGCGCGGCGACGCGGCAGCGUGCGGGGCCGUGGCUGCCAGGGCCAGGGCGCUCGGCGCCGUCCACCUCGCCGCGCUUAUUGAUGGCGUGUAA